UUCUUUCGUUGGCAGCAAGCGAAUCUAUUUUCAUUGCUUUCUUAUUUGAUUGCUGAUUCGAAUAUGGCUGAGAAUAUGAAUCAUUAUGACGAGGCAUUCUCAACCCCUGAUGAUUUUACACCAAUGAAAAUGUUCAAACAGUCUGUCGAUUCCAUGAAAAAUCAUGUCGAAUCGUGGCGUAGAGAGCAAGGAAGAAACCAGACACUCACAGACUCUCUUAAAGAGCAAUUAUGGUCUACUGAGAACAGACUAACCGAAGCAAAGAUGAAAUUGCACAUACUGGAAGACAAAAAUGAAGGCUAUGAAAGUGAAAUUGCAGCUCUGAAGCAUGGACUUGAGAAAGCCAAUGCUGAAAAUUUUAGACUGUGCGCGGAAUCGUGUAAGUUGGAGAGUGAUCUAUCCGAAGAGCGUGAUAAGAGGCAAACUUUUGAAGCUGAAAACAAGGCUUUGAAAACUCAGUUGGUAAAACUUGGAAAUGAUAUCUCGAAUUUAAGUUCUGAAAAGGCGGAGUUGGUGAAAUAUUAUGGCUUGGCUGAAGCCAAUGCAAAAGAAAAGGCAGAUGAACUUUUGAGACUAUCGAAGGACAAGGAGGAAGAAGAAAAGUCUUUGCAAGAAAAGAUAGACAACCUCACAUCAGAUUAUAAACAAAUGAGCAGUUCAAACGAUGUACUUCAAAUGCAGAUAAAGCAAGAGAGAAGCAACAAGGAAGAUGCUUUUGGAAAAUUUGAACAUCUGAAGAGACAGUUUAAAGAAGUGGAAGAACAAAAGAAGAAAUUCAAGACAAAGUCAGAGGAAUUGAUGACAAAGCUAAACCAAGCCAACGAGAAAAUGAAGCUUUUAGCAAACCUUGAAAAUUCAUUCAAGAAACAGAAGGCUGAAUGUUCUACACUUCAGACCCAGCUUGUAGAAAAGGCAAAGGAGGUGGAAGUGCUACGAGAUCAUUACGAUAAAGAGGUGUGCGUACGCAGAUCUGCUGAAGAGAUUUUGUUGUCAUUGGAAAAGCAGUUGGCAGAGUGUGAUCAAGAAAAGGACUUUUCAAUUAGGGAGCUGACUGUAACAAAGGAGAAGCUUUUCGAAACUAGAAAGAAAGCCACAGACCUCGAAUCAAUAAUAGCAGUUCAAAAGGAACAUUAUGAUUUCGCUCAAGCACAGCAUGCCAAAAGAACAGCUAAGAUGGAUGAUUUGUUUUCGAAAACUAGAGAAGAGGUUCAAAGGAAAGCUAAAGAGAACGCCGAAUUGCAGAAACUGCUUUUGGAAAAAGAGCUAGAUGUGGGUGAAUGCAAGAGAAAAUUAGCUGAGUGCGAGAAUUUGUUGAAAGCAAUACAGCAACAGGAUUUGUUGAUACAGCAACGGAACAAAGAGUUGGAAGCUGAUGUUUGUGACAUGCGAUGCCAGUGGCAGAAGCAACUGCAAGAGAAAAUGGAUCAUAGUGACCAAAGUGACUUUGAAGAGAGCGUAUUUGUAAACCAGAUGGUGACUCGUCUUCGUCUCUCCAGAAAAAAAUACGAAGAAUUCAAGGAGAAAAUGCCCCUUUAUAGUUCACAAAAUCAGGUAUCCCAAAUGGUCGAAAGAAUGAAGAAGAAUGAGAAAACUUUCAAGGCCAGAGAGUAUGCGCUUAAAUGCGAAAGCACGGCAUUAGAAAAUAUGAUGAAUAAUGGCCAGUUGAAACAGCUUGAUAUUUAUGAUUAAACUCCCCGAAAAAGUGUUAUUUGUAAUGUUGAAUUCGCUGCAUUAAGUACGACAUUCUUUAAAAAACAAAUAUGUUGUUGUAUAAGAUAGUCAGAAAGUUUUGUUAACCCUGUUUAACAUUGAUUCGACGUAUCACUAUUUUAUGUGCCUACUUUGAUAUUUUGUGUACAGAGUCAUGCUUAGAGGAGAGCAUAAGAACAUCGAGGAUACCAACUCCAAAAUAGAAAUGUAUUAUAUAUCUCAUUUUAAAAUGUCUUAAUGAACAAUAUGAGGCAAAAACCAAUUAGGAUCAUAAACAAACUACCGUUACAAGAAGAAUUUGAAUCUAUAUGUUCUUAAUCAUAAAAAUUUGAUGUGAAUAUUAUUAAAAGAUUAGUUCUUCUGUGUUCGUCAAUCGAAGAAAGCUUUAUAUAAAAAGUUUUUGUGAACAGAGUCAUGCUUAGAACAGAGCAUAAGAACCAAAACGAUACGUACAGGAAUUUAUUUUGUUUAUAAGUACAUUAAGGACAAAAUCUCCAAAAUAUAAAUAAACUAUAUUUCAUUUUAACUGUCCUAAUAAACAAUUUGGCGCAAAAACCAGUAAAGAUCAUAAACAAACUACCAUUAUAAGGAGUAUAUAAAUCCAUUUGGUCUUAAUUAUAAAACAUUUGAUGCGAUAUUGUUAAAGAAUUAGUUCUUUUGUGUACUGUAAUCGAAGAAAGCUUUAUAACCUUAAAUGAAAAAUUGGCUUUUAAUGCAAAUAACCUUGCUCGAUUUGGUAUCGUUCAAGCAGCCUGAAUGGCUCCAAUGGCUUAAGUGGCCUAAGUAUCUAAUGCCGCUCAAGUAGAUUGAGUCACUGAAAUUACUUUGGUUGCUCGAGUAGCAAUAGUAUCUUAAGGUGCUCAAGUCGUGUGGAGUAGCCAGGGAAGAGACUGUGUUUAGCGACACCUAAACAAACUUAACUGCGAUAAAGCAUGUUUUUUGUGACUGUAUGUCACGUGACUCUACUUUACAAGUCUAGAUUUGAGUUGCUUGAGUUGCUUAAAGACUCAUUGCUAACAAUGAGCCUUUGCGAAGGUGGCAAAUUAUCCAGGCGACAAUCCAAACAAUGGCAGUAAACUUCUACUGAUUAACCAUAAUUGAUUUCAGACUGUCUGAAAAUGCAUUAUGGGAUGCUUGCGUAGCGCAAUGGCUCAUUGUUAGCAAUGAGUCUUUAAGCAUCUUAAGUCGCUCAAAUAGCUUAAGUUGUAAGUUGCUCGAAUAGCUUAAGUUGCUAGUUCUUCAAGUAGCCCGCGUUCCUGAAUUAGGCUGAGUCGUUCAGGUAGCUUGACUUAAUCAGAUAGGUAAAAUCACUAAAGUGCCUUAAAUCGAUUGGCCCCAAUUUCGUAAUUCUGUAGUUCCAUAUACA